AUGUACUUCUACUAUAACAAGUACCGGAACGAUCCUGAAUCGGAGAUGGGGGGAUUCACCCGCGUGCUGCACUCGGGGAAGCCGGACAACCUGAUGGACGAGAUUCCAACGGUCGUCGUCGAUCCGCUGCCUCCGGGCAUGGAUAAGGGCUACGUGGUGCUGAAUCGACCGUGGGCGUUUGUGCAGUGGAUACAGAAGGCUCAGAUCGAGGAAGAGUACGUGUGGAUGGCUGAGCCAGAUCACAUCAUUCUGAAGCCCAUUCCCAACCUGGCGUCCGACAUGCUGCCUGCUGCCUUCCCCUUCUUCUACAUUGUGCCCAAAGACCAAGAGCGGUUCCUGAGACGCUGGUACCCUGCGGAGAAAGGACCAAUCACAAACAUCGAUCCGAUUGGCAACUCUCCCGUGAUUAUAAAGAAGAAAGACCUGCUCAAAAUUGCUCCCCUGUGGCACAACGUGUCGCUCCAGUUCAAGAGCGACCCUGAGAUUGACAAGGAGUUCGGAUGGGUGCUGGAGAUGUACGGCUAUGCCACAGCAUCGGCCAUGCUGGGGUACACGCACAUCCUCCGAAAAGACUGGAUGAUCCAGCCUCCUUGGGACAGAUCAGUAGGCGAUGCAUACAUGAUUCACUACACCUAUGGCUGUGACUACGACCUCAAUGGAAACCACCUGCCAGGCAAGGUGGGGCCAUGGCACUUUGACAAGCGAGACCACCAGACAGCCAUCCCCCGAAACAUCUCCUACCCACCUGCUGGCUCCGCUCCCUCUGUG